AGACGCAAGCCUCUGAAGAGUUUUCCCAGAAAGUUCCAUCAAAGUUGUUGGUAGAAAAUAGUGUCUCAGAAGAGGUGCAACAUAAGAUGCCUGAUCUAGUAGGUUCUAGUGCUGCCUGUACUGCUAAAGCAGAACAAUUAGAUGAAGAUAAGACAUCUGCAUUGACAGAACACAUCCAGAACACAGAACAGCAUGAGGAAAAAAAGACAUUGGAGAAUGGAAAUGAAUGCAUUGGCAAAAACACAGUGGUGCCUGUCGCUGAUGUCCCUUCUCAACUCGAAAGUGCAGAGACAACACAGACUAAAACUGGACAUCAACUGGCCGAAAACGACCUGCCAUUGAACAUCAAUGUCCAUCAAAAGAAGUCUGUAGAUGGGGAAACCCAGACGGAGGAGCUUUCACAAGAAACACUUCCAUCAGAUGUCUCCCACGACAUGGAGCAAAGUGCCAACCCAGAGCAGCCAUACUAUGUAGAGCCCCCUGCCCCUGAGUACCAGGAGCACCUGUAUCUGGAACCUGAUGACAUUGGACUCCAGGAGGACCCUUGUGUGAGGCAGCAGGUGGAGCGUCUGGACCAUGUCACAUUGAACAUCGCAAUCACUGGGAUGACUGGUGCAGGAAAGUCUACCUUCAUCAACGCGGUCAGAGGCGUCGAUAACGAUGAUGAGAACGCAGCCCCGACCGGUGCAACGGAGACGACCAUGAGUGCAUGUGCCUAUCGCCAUCCAACAAUGCCAAACGUGAGCUUGUGGGACCUUCCAGGUACGGGGAGUCCUAAGUUCAAGGCGAAGAAAUACCUGAAGGAAGUCAAGUUUGAAACCUAUGACUUUUUCAUCAUCAUAUCUUCAGAGCGAUUCAAAGAAAAUGACCUGAUGUUGGCUCAAGAGAUACUGAAGAAAAAAAAGAAGUUUUACUUCCUGCGCUCAAAAAUUGACAAUGACAUUCGGGCAGAGCAGUUCAAAAAGAACUUUGACGUAGACAAGCUGAUUGCCUGCAUCAGAGAAGACCUCACAGCACAUCUGAAGAGGUGCAUAGUCACACCCACAGUGUUCCUGGUGUCCUCCUUUGACUUAGACAAAUACGACUUCCCCAUCUUGGUGGACACCCUAAUAGCAGACCUGCCAGCGCACAAGAGGGAAGCCCUGAUCCUGUCGCUGCCUAUCUACUCGACCCAAAUGCUGGAGAGAAAAAUCAAGUCGUUCGAGAAAACGGCCCUCAAGGCAGCCAAGGCGGCGAGCGGCAUCUCCAUGGCGCCGAUCCCCGGCCUUGCAGUGGCGUGCGACGCGGGCAUCCUGCUCGCCUUCUUCUCCAAGUGUUACCACGCCCUCGGCCUGGACGACAAGUCCCUGGACAAGCUCUCGGAGCGGGUGAACAACAACUCGCUGAAGGCCCUCCGGGAGACGCGGCCGUUCGUCAUGGCCAUACGCAACAACGAGCUGAGCGGGCGCGAGCUGUCGGCGCUCGGGAGCAAACGGUCUGCGUUGGAGUUCGCCUACAGCCUGGUGCCAGUGUGGGGUAGCAAGAGGGCGGCUAACAUGUCCCACUCAGCCACGCUGGGCCUUCUUAACGAGGGACUGAAGGAACUGUCCGACACGGCCAGGGAAGUGCUGAAGGUGGCCAAGAUCGACCACAUCAAGGGGCCGUGCCCCUGA